CCUGUGCGCGUCCGGCCUCCGCUGGAACAGCGCCCCUGGCGGCGGAGAGGGACGGCGGCCCUGCGCCAGGCCCGUGGGCGGGGCUGAGGGCGAGGCUCAGGGUCGCGGGUUCGAGACCGAGCUCCGGCGUUCCGCGGCCUCACAGGCAAAAGUGUGCUCCGCUGUGGGGAGAUGAACGUACAAAGGGGUGGACUCAGCCACCCGGUGGACAAGGACCAGAGGUCAGCUUGGACUUUGGACACGGACAAGGCGACGGGCCCCUGCCGGGAAGCACAGGGCGGAGGUCAGAUGUCCGGGUUCGCAGGGACCUGGCUCCUGGUGGCCGUGGCCUCCCCGUGUCGCUACCUGCAGGAGCAGGGCCAUCGGGCCGAGGCCACCACUCUGCACGUGGCUCCUCAGGGCUCGGCCAUGGCCGUCAGCACCUUCCGAAAGCUGGAUGGAAUCUGCUGGGCAGUGCGGCAGCUGUACAGAGACGCGGGGAGCCCGGGGCGCUUCCUGCUCCAAGCCCGGGGUGCCCGCGGGCCGGUGAAUGUGGUCAUCGGGGACACGGACUACCGCGGCUUCGCCGUCUUGUACCUGGAGCGGGCGCGGCAGCUGUCAGUGAAGCUGUACGUCCGCUCGCUCCCCGUGAGCGAUUCCUUCCUGAGUGCGUUUGAGCAGCGGGUCCAGGGGGCCAACCUGACCGAGGACCACAUCCUAUUCUUCCCCAAAUAUGGCUUCUGCGAGACGGCGGACCAGUUCCACACCCUGGACGAACUGCGGAGGUGAGGCGGGCGGCUGCCCCGUGCAAGGAAGCAGCUGGCCCGGAGGUGGACCUAGCCUCUCC